GCACCUGCUAGGCAUGCCCAGUGAGCACUAGGAGCUGGCUCUCCCUUCACUGAGGCUUUACAAGGCUGAAGCACAAAGAGUGCUUGUUGCCCAGUCCCCGGGAGUCUCCCAGUGCUACCACUAGCUGGGGAGGACUGGUUACCAUGGAGGCUGCCAUCUGUUCACUCCCUGCUGGAAUGUGAUUAUCCUUGCUGGGUUGGGAACCAGCAAAAGCAGGGGAGCGUGUGCUGACGGCAAUUAUCUGCAAUGGAGUGCGUUAAUGGAAGGCUGGAAUUAGCUAGCUGGAGAAGCACAUAAAAGGAUUUUACCAAAACUGUUAAUGAUUUUUAGCCAAGAGGAGUAAGCUUUUUGCAAGGCAGCAGUAUCUGUCCAAAGUCUUUAAUAUUGUCUAGACCUUGUGCAGCGGGUGGCACAACCAGGCCAGUUGAGCAGAAUGUGCACAAUGAAGCGCCUCAGGGAAUAAAUGGAAGUGUGCCAGUCAAGCAAUACCCACGUUCAGCUUCAAAUCCAAAGCCACAAGUGCCUCCAAAGCCAAUUCAUCUGCAGAAGGUGUCACCUGUUCCAUACCAAACCCCUAGGCAUAAAGCUUUAUCAAAUCAGAAACCAAGAAUGGAGGAAGAGACGCCUGCCGCUGUUUCUGGUGUCACAAAGGAAAAGUCCAGUAAAGUAUCAGAUCUCAUCAACCGUUUUGAGGGAGGCAGCUCAUUAAAUCCUAAUGAUUUGAAGAAAGAUUCCUCUGUUCUCCACAUUUCUAAAUCUCAAGGAAGAUAUGGGUUAACACCAGCACCUCAGCAAAAACUCCCACUACAAAAACAAAAGCACCCGUUACAAAACCAGGGAAAUGGUAAUACUGACAAAACUCAGGUUGCAGAAAUACACACAGCCAACGGAGUAGUAGCACAAGACCAGAUAGAAGACGACGACAGGAGGAUACCAGAUCAUGGCUCUGCUGUGACCACCCCGGUUCCAGAUAAUGCCAUCAACAGCAGCUUGAUAAAUGGGGAAAGAGAAAGUACUUCCAGAGAGUCACUGCAAAGUCUAUCUGCCUGUGAAGGACAGAUGCUUAACAGCUGCUAUAGGACUCCAAGCAGUGACACACUGCUUCCAUCUGAAAAUGAAACUCUAGAAAUUAAUACAAACAUGAAGGAAGAACCAACUGAGGAAAUCAGUAAGCAAGAUCAACCUGUAGAAACAAAGGAGACAGAUGAGCAAAAACGUCAUAAAAUUGCCAGUGAACUUCUGCAAACAGAAAAAGCCUACGUCAGCAGACUUGACCUCCUAGAUGGGGUAUUCUAUUCCAGACUCCUCGAGGAAGCCAACAGAGGUUCAUUUCCAGCUGAAGUGGUCAACAAAAUCUUUUCUAACAUUUCAUCGAUAAAUGCCUUCCACAGUAAAUUCUUACUUCCAGAACUUGAGAAAAGAAUGCAAGAAUGGACUACCACCCCCAGAAUUGGAGACAUUCUGCAAAAGUUAGCUCCUUUCCUCAAGAUGUAUGGAGAAUAUGUGAAGAAUUUUGAUAAUGCCAUGGAAUUGGUGAAAACAUGGACUGAACGGUCACCUCAAUUCAAAUUCAUUAUUCAAGACAUUCAGAAGGAAAAAGUGUGUGGAAAUUUGACAUUGCAACAUCACAUGCUAGAACCAGUACAACGCAUUCCACGCUACGAGAUGCUUCUAAAGGACUACCUAAGGAAAUUGCCUCAGGAUUCUCUAGACUGGAAAGAUGCUGAAAAAUCCCUGGAAAUUAUAUCCACUGCAGCAAGUCACUCGAAUAGUGCAAUAAGAAAAAUGGAGAAUCUGAAGAAAUUGUUAGAGAUAUACGAGAUGCUGGGAGAAGAGGAAGACAUUGUGAACCCUUCAAAUGAACUAAUAAAAGAAGGACAGAUCCUUAAACUCGCUGCUCGCAAUACAUCUGCUCAAGAACGGUAUCUUUUCCUAUUUAACAACAUGUUGCUCUACUGCGUCCCCAAAUUCAGCCUGGUAGGAUCAAAAUUCUCCGUUCGAACCAGGGUUGGCAUAGAUGGUAUGAAGAUUAUAGAAACUCAUAAUGAAGAAUAUCCACACACUUUUCAAGUGUCUGGAAAAGAGAGAACACUGGAGUUGCAGGCCAGUUCUGAACAAGAUAAGGAAGAAUGGAUAAAGGCACUUCAGAAUACGAUAGAAGCUUUUCAGCAGAGGAAUGAAACUUUCAGAAAUGCUAUUGCUAAAGAAUAUGAAGAUAUGCCUGUUGAGGUAUCUAAUGCUGAGCUUGGGAAGAGAGCACCAAGAUGGAUACGAGACAAUGAAGUAACCAUGUGCAUGAAAUGCAAGGAACCCUUUAAUGCACUGACAAGGAGAAGGCACCACUGCCGAGCAUGUGGACAUGUGGUUUGCUGGAAAUGUUCUGAUUACAAGGCACAUCUUGAAUAUGAUGGCAAUAAAUUGAACAAAGUUUGUAAAGACUGCUAUCAUGUUAUAAUUGGCUGUACAGACAGUGAAGAAAAGAAGAAGAAAGGGAUCCUGGAGAUUGAAUCUGCAGAAGUUUCUGGAAAUAGUGUCAUAUGCAGCUUUCUUCAGUACAUGGAAAAAUCAAAGCCCUGGCAGAAAGCAUGGUGUGUUAUACCUAAGCAGGAAGCUCUUGUGCUGUACAUGUAUGGUGCUCCACAGGAUGUUAAAGCACUGGCUACAAUUCCACUUUUGGGCUAUACAGUAGAUGACACUCCAAGAAGUGCUGACCUCCCACACAGCUUCAAACUGACGCAGUCUAAGUCUGUGCACAGCUUUGCUGCAGACAAUGAGGAACUAAAACAGAAAUGGCUGAAAGUUAUUCAUUUAGCUGUAAAAGGUGAGACUCCAGAAUGUCAAACUGAACUGCAGGUGAAUUUAGAAGAGCAGCCUGAAUCUUCUAAAACUUGUGAAUGCUGAAGCUCAAGAACACAUGUAUUUUUGAAAGAUUUCAAUUGAAUUUGUGGUUAACCUUUGUGUUAACUGUUCUUUGCUCAAUCAAGAAAUCUUACAACCAUACACAUCUUAGCACUUUAUGUUUGGGAAAAAUUCUGUUCUUUUUAGGGAUCUUUUUUCUUAUAUUUAUGUUCUGUCAAUAAAGGUGAUGUACAGGUCCAUUUCAGAGACUUUUUUAAAAAAUGUGAAUGUUAUUAAAAAUACUUACUAACUUGUUUGUCAUGAUACAACCUUUUUUUUUUUGGAAAAUCCAGUUGCUCUUGGUUUAACGUUUGCUAUUUUCAUUAAGAAUGCAGAUACUGAAGCUUCCUACUUACACGUUAGGACUUGCAACAGGAUAAAAGAUAUACCUCCACAUUGACAAAAUAGAUGUGUAGUUAAAUAUGCAGGGACAGUUUGGUUUAAUGUAUGUAGUUUAUAGAUUGAAUCCCACAGAUCUGUACAUAUGUUGUAUUCACUUGCCUCUUUUAAUUAAAGUAAUGCAAAUUGCUUUCACAGGUAUAUUGGCUUUUAAAGUUUCAAUUUAUCAUGGAAACAGUCUAUUGAUUUUUCAGUAUAGAAAUGAAUACCUAAAAUAUAAAAAAAAACCAAUAUAUAAUAUAUGUACAGUAUUAAAAACAUUCAAUUCUUGA